AUGGAGGCUGACUGGAACGAGGCGGCCAGGCUGAGGCUCCCCGGACCUGCUCCCAAUGCACCACCUUCGCAGCUGACAACGCUUGCUUUCGAUCCCGUCCAGGAGCUGCUGUGGACCGGCAACGAAUAUGGACGCAUUACUUCAUUCUACGGCGCCGAGUUGCAGCGAUAUACAUCGUAUCGCGGACAUGUCAGCACGGCGCCACGCGGUGCUCCCGGCAAUGCCCACGUCCAGCAAUUUCUAUUCUGCGAGAAGGGCGUGGUGUCCGUUUCGGCCCGGAGCAUUCAUUUAUCCUCCCGGAGAGGAUUGGCGCAAUGGCAUGUUGCUCAGCCUGCCAUGAGCGACUUGCAAUGCAUGAGUUUCACGACCCGUGAUGCUACAGAGUUGAUCGUGGCCGGCUGUCAAGCUCAACUGUAUCGCAUUGACGUGGAAAAGGGGACGAUCCUGGACACGCUCACUCCACAACCCCCGGCCAUGUACAAAAUGAUGAAGCUCGCAGGUCAAUACAUAUGCGCUGCGACUGCUGAUGGCGCUAUUCAUCUUCUCGACUCCAAGACUCUGGCUCUCCUUCACAGCUGGAAGGCCUACGCUGGCUCGGUCAACAGCAUGGACGCCAGAGGCGACUAUCUCUUGACUUGUGGCUGGGCCCAAAUGCAAUACCAAGGACUAUCGCUUGAACGCUUAGUUCGAGUCUACGACUUGAAAGCACAGAGACCUGCGCCACCAGUGCCAUUCCCGCUCGGCGCUGCUUUCGUGCGCAUGCAUCCUAAGUUGACUUCCACGUGUAUCGUCGUAUCCCAGAAUGGACUCAUACAUUCGAUCGAUAUCCAAAAUCCAGACAUGCCGACCAUGCGCUAUGUGCAGUCUUUCGAAGACAAGUUCCUCGGAGUGGAACUUAUGCCCUCUGGCAAGGGCUUUGCUUUGCAAGACAGUAAUGACCAAGUGGUGCUGUAUGGCUCACCUUCCAAGUUACAUUUCACUGAGUAUAGCCAAUCGACAGAGUUCGCCGACCCGAUGGACAGCCACAAAUCACUGGAUUGGUCAGACCAGAUACCUCUCAACACCAUUGGAAUGCCGUACUAUCGCGAAGCCCUCCUAUCCAGCUGGCCUAACAGUCUACUGCAUCAGGUGGGUAUGCCACCUCCUCGAAUCGAGAUGGAUGCAUCUUUUCGCCCAUUCGAGUACGGCAGAGUUGGCUUGAAUUCGAAGACUGGGCGCCGAUACGAGGCGCCUGAUAUCAAGGCCCAGCAGAAGAGUGCAGAUGUCAUGGUCGGUCCCAAGUUCCUGAGUGAGAAGCCGAGAGACGAAGGUGCGAACGGCGACGCCCGUCGACGCAUGAGUGAAGACCUUCUCAACGCCAUGACGAAAAUGAAGCUCGAUGGUAAAGCAGGCACUGACACGAGACUCCUGUAUCGUGUAGUGGAGAUCAAAUACAGCCGAUUCGGGGUUGAGGAUUUCGACUUCCGCUAUUUCAACAAGACGAGUUUUGCUGGACUGGAAACUCAUAUUGUCAAUUCUUACGCCAAUCCUCUUCUGCAAAUUCUUCGCUUCACCAACACAACUCGAAAUCUAGCGCUUCUGCACACAGCCCGGAACUGCAGCGCAGAAGAUUGCUUGUUCUGCGAACUCGGUUUCUUAAUCGACAUGCUCGAGAAAGCACAAGGGCUGAAUUGCCAAGCAACAAACUUUCUCAAAUCCAUCAGCAGGCAACCGGACGCUCAGGCACAAAACGUGCUGGAAUCGUCUGUGUCGAAUGUCCCAUUGACUAUGAUGGUGCAGAACUUGAACCGGUAUCUCCUGCAGAAGUUGGAGGAUAAUUUCAAGUUCGCAACGCCUUCCCAUUUGAACCACUUCCAUUACGCAUUCGGCACCACCGGUCUCGAUUUCACACGCUGUGCACACUGCAGCUAUGAGAGCCGAAACGACAGAGUCUGGUUCACGCACGACCUCGUGUAUCCACCAAGAAAUGCAAAGCAUCGCGGCUCGAACAACAUGCGAACAUUCUUCUCGCAGGUACUCAAGGCGUCCAUCGAGAGACAGAAUCAGCAUCGGGGCUGGUGUUUGAGAUGUAAUGGUUACAAGGCCAUGACUUCUCAUCGUGCGAUACAUGCGCUUCCCGCAGUCCUUAUGCUAAACGCCGCAGCCAACACCUCUGACGCUAAACAGCUUUGGGACACACCCGGCUUUCUCCCUAGGGAAAUUGGAGUGAUUGUCAACAACGGCAGAUUCUUUUGCUAUGAGGGACAGGAUUUGCAGCUUCACCUCCAACGAGGACAGUAUAACAUCACAGUCUACCAACUGGUGGGAGUUAUCAACGACGUGAAGCCUGAAGAGUCAGAGAAACCUCAUCUGGUAGCUUCCAUCGACGUCGGCAUGGCAGAUCCUGAUCCAACGCAAAGCGGCAACUGGCAUCUGUUCAACGACUUCUUGGUCCACAAGCUGCCGACGGAUGAAGCGUUACGUUUCAAUUCACAGUGGAAACUUCCGUCGGUAAUCACAUAUCAGAUCAAGUUGAUGUCCCAUCAGAUCGACGACAGCUGGAAGCACGAGAUGGACACCCGCAUCUUGUACGACAGCCCGACACAACCAGCGCUCUCCCCAGACUACUGCUUCCGAGCACUAUCUGACAAUGAGCCACUGCCAAACGAGAGCUCCCACGUCGCGAUUGAUGCCGAAUUUGUGCGGCUGCUGCGGGAAGAGAUUGACGUCGGCGCUGAUGGAACACGAACGAUGACAAGACCCGCGCGACUGGGCUUGGCAAGAGUAUCGGUUCUGCGAGGCGAUGGCCUUGACCAAGAAUUGCCAUUUAUCGACGACUACAUCGCGGUCGACGAGCCGAUCGAUGACUAUCUGACGCAAUACUCAGGUCUGCGUACAGGCGACUUGAAUCCUGAAACCACACACUUCCAGCUUGUCAGUCUAAAGCAGACCUACAAAAAGCUCUGGAUCCUUCUGAACUUGGGCUGCAAAUUCAUCGGCCAUGGCUUAUCAUCAGACUUCCGCACGAUCAACAUCCACGUCCCCGAAUCCCAAGUCAUCGACACCCAAGACCUCUUCUCCCUCAAAUCUCGCACCCGACGAAAACUCUCCCUACGCUUCCUGGCCUGGGUGAUCCUCAAAUCCGACAUUCAAGCCAAUUCAGGCAUGGGACAUGACAGUAUUGAAGAUGCCCGAACGGCGUUGAGACUCUGGCGGAAAUACUUGGAGUACGACAGUGCCGGGGUCCUUGAGCAGAUGAUGGAUGAGGUGUACAACACAGGAAGGAGUCUAGAUUUCAAGCCACCGAGUGAUCGUAAACAGCCUGAUACGCCUACGCCUACGGCUAGUGCGCCUGGGACGCCGUCUAGAGUGGCAGUGAGACUGGCGACACCUGCGCGGAGUGAUUUUGGAAGUCCGCAGAAGCGGUUGAGUUGACUGAUGCGAAUGAAAGAAGGGCCGGGCAGGAUCAAAUGAAGCUGGAAGGACAGACAGCAACAGUUCGUUUGGUCAUCGUGGAAGUGACAACAAAUUCUAGUCCUAGGGGGAAAAAGUGGCAGCAACAGACACUUACUCAUUGAUCUCUGACGGCAUUCGUAUCAUAUGUCCCUCAAGCAGCCGUUAAUCAACAAUUACAAGUG